AUGACCUCUUCAGCCACCUUUCUCAUUUCGUUCUUCUCCUUUUUGAUACUCCUCACAUCCGUUCUGGCGCAGCAACCACGCCAUGACACACACGGGCGAGCCCAGCACAGUCCAUACCGCCGCCGAUCCACUCGCCCUGAGUAUACGGUACGCAAAUCCGACGCCGAAAAGCGUGCCGAAGAAGAAAAGAAACGACUGGAGAAGCAAGCCAAAGAGGCCGAAAAAGCCCGCGAAAAGGCCGACAAAGAGGCCGAAAAGGCCCGCGAAGAGGCCGAGAAACACUGCCCCGAAUUACUUGUGGAACAACGCAUAGCCAAUGCCAGUCUGGACAAAGCCGAGCGCGACCUUGCAAACCUUACCGACACAUGUGGUGACCUUGACCGACGACAAACUGAACUCAAUCAGCAGGAGAAGAAUUUGGACGAUCGACAGGUUUCUCUCGAUUUACUUGCCAGGGACCUUGCAGAAGAGGAAGAGCGCCUCGUUCGGAGAGAGAGAGCUUUAGGGCAGGAGGAAGAAGAGCUCAGGGAAAGAGAGGCAAAUAUCCCGACGUGCAAACCGCCAAGAGUAACCCCUGCACCCGCCGCGAGGGUAGCCGGCGUAUGCGAGGCAUGCGGGUCAUGUGAGGCGGAUUUGGAAUGCAGGGCGGGGAUAUGUCAAAGGGCGGCAGCUGGCGAGCCGUCUUGCGCCGCUGCUGAGACAUGCGGUGCUGGGGAAAGGAGGGUGUGUAAAAAGCUACAGUCCACGGACUUGACAGGGGAGGGCAUGCUUACGAAACCGCUUAUGGACGCAGGUAAGUUUUUCGGCAAGACCAAGGAGAUUCCCGGGUGCGUUGACGGAAUGGUGAGGUUUAAUUGUGAUCUUGAGAGUGAAUUAUGCGUAGGAUUUCGGUUUUGUCUCCAGAAGACGUUUGAGGAGUGCGCAACUGAAGGAUUGACAGAGCCUUCUAGGAACAUACCGGUUAUCCCGGAGCUGACGAGGCAGGUAACAAGGCAGGAGAUGAGUGUGAAGCAGGGGUUCGGAGAAGGUGUACCGAGUUGCUGCGUGCUGUUUGUUGCUUCCGAUUGUUUCGAACAGGAAGUGUGCGAAUGCAUGGAAGCGGGCGGAGCAGCCAGGUGA